CCGAGGCCCCAUGGCGGCGGCGGCGGCGCGGGGGCGGUGCGGAACCCUCGCGCUCUUGCGGGGGGCGCUGGGUGCCCCGCCGGGCCGGGCCUGCACUACCGGCGUGCCCGCAAGGGCUCCUUCCGCCGCGGCUCAGGAACUGCCAAACUCAGGAAAAGGACAUUUCCUCCUGGAAGGCGCUGCUCCCUUUUCUGCUUUUUUGACAGACAGCUUUGGGCGUCAGCACAACUACUUGCGAAUUUCUUUGACCGAGAAAUGCAACCUCAGGUGUCAAUACUGUAUGCCAGAGGAAGGUGUUCAGCUGACCCCUAAAUCAGAGCUGCUAACUGCUCAGGAGAUAAUCACCCUAGCCAGGCUGUUUGUGAAAGAGGGUGUAGAGAAGAUCCGACUGACAGGAGGAGAGCCGCUCAUCCGGCCGGAUGUGGUUGAUAUCGUGGGUCAACUGUACAAGCUAGAAGGGCUGAAAACCAUUGCUGUCACAACCAAUGGGAUCAACUUAGCCAGGCUGCUGCCCCAGCUGAAGGAGGCAGGACUGAAUGCCAUCAACAUUAGCCUGGAUACUUUGGUUCCAGCUAAAUUUGAAUUCAUUGUCCGGAGGAAAGGCUUUCACAAGGUGAUGGAAGGAAUCCACAAAGCCGCAGAACUAGGAUAUCAUCCUGUUAAGGUAAAUUGUGUGGUGAUGCGAGGCUUCAAUGAGGAUGAACUGCUAGGCUUUGUGGAUUUCACGAAGGAUCUGCCACUUGAUGUGAGGUUCAUAGAGUACAUGCCUUUUGAUGGCAAUAAAUGGAACUUUAAGAAGAUGGUGAGCUACAAAGAAAUGCUUGAUACAAUUAAACAGCGAUGGCCUGAGUUGGAAAAAUUGCCCUGUGAAGCCUCCAGCACAGCCAAGAGUUAUAAGGUGCCACAUUUUCAAGGACAAAUCAGUUUUAUCACCUCAAUGUCAGAGCACUUCUGUGGAUCCUGCAACCGGCUGAGGAUAACAGCAGAUGGAAACCUAAAGGUGUGCCUUUUUGGAAAUUCAGAAGUGUCCUUGAGAGAUCACUUACGGUCAGGUGCCUCAGAAGAAGAGUUGGUUCAAAUUAUCGGAGCAGCAGUGGGCAGAAAAAAGAAACAGCAUGCUGGAAUGUUUAACAUUUCCCAGAUGAAAAAUCGGCCAAUGAUCCUGAUUGAGGCUAUACCGAUGUCAUCCCCACAAUGCCAAGAUGCCCUGAAGAAUCCCCAGAGUUCAAAAGAGUGGGGCCACACAUUUAAUCAUUGGCUGAAUUUGAGAGCAGAGUUAUCCAAACAGACGGAAAAAGCAUUUAGGAAAAAUAAGCAUACAGGACCGCUCAUCCUGCCAGUAUCUGACCCAGAGCAACAGUGGCACAUGAUGACAGGAAUUCUGCAAACUCAGCUCAGAGACAGCUGUGUCUUCCAAAAUGACUUGAGCUCCAGGAUUGACACAAAGUGCCUUAAGACAGAGACUCCUCCUGUAGGCCAAGUUUCUGUGGACUCUUACUCCAAAGAGACAAAUCCAGUAUCUGAAUUCUGCAGCAGGGAUUUUGGGUCUUGCACCAAGGUAUCUUGUGCCUCUGAUAGCUUGACUCACACAGAUGAGGAGGGAUGGGCUACAAUGGUAGAUGUUGGAGGGAAGCCAGAUUCCAGAAGAACUGCUGUUGCUGGUGCUGUGGUCCUCCUGGGAGAGAAAGCAUUUGAGAUGGUGAGGCAGAACCAGAUGAAGAAAGGGGAUGUGCUGGCAGUAGCCCAGAUUGCAGGAAUUCAAGGAGCAAAGUUGACCAGCCACUUGAUCCCACUGUGUCACAACAUCCCCCUCAACCAUGUUGAGGUGUCUCUGAGCCUGGAUGAGGCCAGACAUGCAGUGGUAAUUCGCAGCUCCUGUCAGACCUGGGGGAGGACAGGGGUGGAGAUGGAAGCUCUAACAGCUGCCAGCCUGGCUGCUCUGACUGUGUAUGACAUGUGCAAAGCAGUCACUCACAACAUUGUGAUUGAAGAGGUGAAGUUGCUUAGCAAGACAGGUGGGCAGAGGGGAGAUUUUCGAAGGGUCUAGCUCAUGUCCAGACACCUCUAGACCUCCUCAGGUGGCCACUGCUCAUGUGCAGCCUCUUUAUGGAAAAGCUUUUGCUCAGCUGAAUUAGGCUUGGAGACUUCAGCAAAUGUACCCUACAGCAACUACAUAAUUCCACUUCUGUCACCUUUCUGUUGGAUGAACAAUGAAGCCACUUGCUAACUACAUCUCUUUUUUAGGGGACAGACUUCUCUGCUCAACCACUAGUUUCGUUUCAGUGUCCUUACUAUGAGCUUGAGCAGAGACUCUGUUAUACCAUAGACUCCCCCUGCCUUGCUUCUUGCUGUGAAGUAUUCACAGCUGCUGUCAUCACACCAUGCAACUGUGAGCUCUGGAAAUGAAGCUACUGCUGAAAGCACAGUUAUUUGGCAACUAUUUUUAAGUCAAGGAUUAGACUUCAGAAUUGUCUUUUCCCCCUCCCCCUCAUGAAGGUUGAAUUUAGAUGGUGACAGGGAAGAAAGCAGCUCAGGGACCUUACCUACACCAGAGAUUAUAAUUUUGGAACAGUCAAGGUCAGCUUCUCUCUCUUUGCAUUGUUACUGCUUCUCUUGUCCGCAAGUUGUACAUCUAAUGUUCACAUAUUGUGUGCUUGUUUCCUUUUUGUUUAUUUGUUUGUUUGUUUUUAAAAAAAAGGCAGCUGCCUAGCCCUCUGCCUUGAGUGCUCUGUGAAGCAUGAUGUAGAACAGGUUUCUGAUGUUGGAAGAAUUAUUUUGCUGAUCUGAAAGAUACCUUUUACAAUGUUAGAAGCAUGAUCCAAGAUAUUUCCCUUAGUGUUCAAAGAUGCUGAGGCCCUGUGUCUGCAUGCUGAGGGAUCUAAUUAUGCCAGGCAAUGAAGCCAGUGUCAGCUCUCCCUGAGUUCAGAGUAUACAUCACAUGAAGCCCCAAAAGAGUCCACUUCUUUAAUCCUACAGGCCAGCUCCUCAUAACCAGCCACAUUUAAGGUGCCAGGAGCAAUGUUCCUAUGGCUUUUAAUAACAUAGGUAAUUGACUGCCCUAGAUUAAUUAAUUUCUCAGUAUUGUUUUAUUAAUACUGAUGAAGCAUUUGAAAUAUUUUCAAGUGUGGUUUACUUGUUUUCUAGUGCUUAUGACUACUGUAAAGUUUCAUGUAUUUCAAGGUGCUCCCUUUCAAUACACACAAGGAGUUGAGAUACAGCUCUAACAACUUUAAACAGGCUAUUGAAAAAAGUCCUAAACUUUGCAUGUAGUCACUUCCUGUGAAAUGAGUUGGAAGUUACUCUGAGCACCAGUAAAGCACAUACCAACACUAUCACAGCUCCUGAUCAUUUAACAUAAGCACAGCUCUGUGUUCAGGAGAUAACAGAUUUUUAUGUAAAUGUAUUUGCUUACACUUUACAACUCUUAUACACUGCUUACCACAAAAGGCACUAAAAAUGGCACUUUUUUAAUGCAGGUAAAUUAAUUUGUUUAUUGUUACUGUGAGAUAAGGCAUAGAGCAAUGCACAAUUAACAGCUACUUCUGAGCCUGCUGAGCAGCAGAUAAAGGGAAGGAGCCUAGAAAGAUGCUCAGCUCCAUAAAGAUUUGUAUGUCUAUAUUCAGUGUUAUAGUCCUAAUUCCCUUGAUGUCACGUAAGACAGAAAUUACUAGCAAGUUAUACAAGGUUGAGGCAGGAAGCCUGGCAAACAGCUUCAGGGCCUCUCUUCCAGGAGUCCUAACCCAUGCUUCUUUCCUAACCUCUGUGCUGCCUGAAGUGGAGAAAGAAAGAAUAAUGCAGAGCACUCUAUUUCUACUGUGGCAGAGGUGCAGGUGUCCUCUAGUUUACGCAGAGGGACAAAGCCUGACCGGACUUCAGCCUAAUGAAUGAGAGAGACAGUAGAACAGUAACUGGAGGAAAGAUGACACCCUUGGGCUCUCCUGUCACUGCCUUGGAAAAAACAAACACAUGACUGCCAGGCUGGCCUUUGCAGGAGAGGCCUUCCUGCAAAAGGCUUUUCAAUGGUGGUUGUAAAGCCAAAUGAAGAUGAGGUGGUGCUGUCUUCUGCUGAAAUCAGCCACAGCAAACUCCUUCCUGUCCACAUGAUGUGCUCUCAUGUCUUCUCCACCACUGCAGCUAGCACAGCUGCUUUGAGCCUCAAGAAUCCCAACAGGACCAUGCAAAUACUGCGGCCAACUGUGGAGCUGCUGCGCUGUUAUCUACAAAAGUUGCCCCAGCUCAGAAUGGGAAUGAAUGGCCUGGGAAAGGAAGCACCUGUGUAGCACCUUGCUACCUGCUGAGUUACCUGACUUACACAAGCACUUAGCUCCCCACUGCAGCCACACACAAAUACUCUGUCAUCCCUUCCUUCAUCCAGUCAGUAGGUAGUAUUGAAAACUAAGAAGAAAGUAGACAUAGUAAUAACCAAAUGAUGCUUUGGGGCCUGUGAUUCUUUCUUUGAGAAUUUUGUUGUCAUGCUGUAGAGCUUGUACAGAGAACUUCAGAGCAUACACGGGACCAUAGCGCACAUGCAUCACUGACACGCACAUUUUAUGACUCACUACUUCCUCCCUGGGCUGACAGUGUCAAUCUGAAAGCUUAAAGCAAACAGACUUUUGGUGCCAUUUUAUGCUAAUGUUACAUUAUCAAGUUUUAAAAUUAUGCACAUUUAUAGAUAUUGAAGCAAGCAUAAUUUAACAUUAUAUUGCAAGAGAAGUGAGUUGAUAAAACUUGAUUUCAGUGUUGCUGGAUGGGCAAUGGUAAUAUUACAUCUUGAAGAACUGUAUAUUUUUGGAGGCAUGCUUUUGUCCACUGCAGUUUUAAUAAAGACUAGUUGUAAUUGCA